AUGGCUUCCCUUCUCUCUCCAAACCAAACAUCUCCGGUUGAAGAUGCUGAUGCUCUUCAAAAAGCUUUUAAAGGGUGGGGGACUGAUGAGAAGACUGUUAUAGAAAUACUGGCUCAUAGAAAUGUUCAUCAAAGGCAGCAAAUAAGAAAUGCUUAUGAGCAACUUUACCAGGAGGAUCUCAUCAAACGCCUAGAGUCUGAGCUCUCUGGUGACUUUGAGAGAGCAGUGUACCGUUGGAUGCUGGAACCAGCAGAUUGUUAUGCUGUUUUGGCCAAUGUAGCCAUCAAGAAUGGCAGCAAAAGUUACCAUGUGAUUGUGGAAAUUGUGUGUGUCCUUUCCCCUGAAGAGGUUUUGGCUGUGAGGCGUGCCUAUCACAACCGUUACAAGCGAUCUUUGGAAGAAGACGUGGCUUCUAAUACCACUGCCCAUCUUCGCCAGCUAUUGGUUGGGUUGGUGAGCUCAUUUAGGUAUGGUGGUGAUGAGAUCAAUGCAAGAUUGGCAAAAACUGAAGCUGAUAUUCUUCAUGAAUCCAUCAAAGUAAAAAAAGGCAACCAUGAAGAAGCCAUUAGGAUCCUUACUACAAGGAGCAAGACCCAACUAAUGGCAACUUUCAAUCGCUACAGAGACGACCAUGGCACUUCCAUAACAAAGAAAUUGUUGGAUGACGCAUCUGAUGACUUCCACAAGGCAUUGCACACUGCUAUUAGAUGCAUCAAUGAUCACAUAAAGUACUACGAAAAGGUUCUGCGCAAUGCAAUCAAAAGGGUUGGAACUGAUGAGGAUGGACUCACCCGUGUGGUGGUCACAAGGGCUGAGAAGGACUUGAAGGACAUCAAAGAGCUCUAUUAUAAGAGAAACAGUGUUCACCUUGAGGAUGCAGUGGCUAAGGAAAUCUCAGGGGACUACAAGAAAUUCAUCCUCACUUUGUUGGGGAAGCAGGAUUAA